GACCUGGAGACGGACGCCGGCCUCCGCAGCGCUGGCGACGGCGCCACGACGACGGAGGCCAACAUCGGCGCCAUACAGCGGCGUGUGCAGCUGAGGGUGGCUCCGCGCCACGAGCAGGCCGCGCGCCGCGCGCCCCCGUCCUUCCUGCAGCAGGGCAGCAGGUCCGCCAGCCUCCGCAGUACCUCGUCGAGCCUGCUGCAGGCGGAGGAGCUCCUGCGCGACGCGGGCAUCAAGCUCAAGACCGCCGCGCUGACCGCCGUGGCGGCCAGCCUCAGGAAGGACCCCUUUGCGAAGGUGAAGACCAUGAUCCAGGACCUGAUCGUGCGCCUCCUCGACGAGGCCAAGAAGGAGGCGACCAAGCAGGGCUUCUGCGACACGGAGCUCGGGAAGGCGUACAAG